CACCCCAGGAGUAAAUACUUAUCUUAGGAAAUGGAAUUUCCUAGCGCAGCUGAGACCAGUGAAGACCGACAGUAGGCGGGACGAGAAGGCGUGGCAUGCAGGCAUUGGGCUUCUUCUGAUCUAAAUUUCUGACCUUGGCAGACUGCCACUUGAGAUGUGUUACCUGCGGAUGGAGCAGAACGGAAGCAGAGGGACAAAGUAGCGGAUUCCAGACUUCGAGCAAGGGCCUCUUUCUGGGUUCACGCCGCUGCGUUCUGGUCCGGGCUGGAACGCACGCCCAGCCCUUUGUGUGGCUGUGGUCCGAGGCUACAGCUCGGAAGACGAGCGUUGGGGACGGCGGGGCUGCCGAGCCCCAAGUAGGGCUGUCGAGCGCGGUGAGAGCGUGCGGGGACCCGGGUGGAGCCUCGCGGUGGGACCACGAGGCCCGACACCUGGGUGGGAGAAGCGGCCUGGCUCCGCGGUGGAAAGGCUCACGUGGCUGAAACCCAGGGGAUUUCGGGUCUGGGACCAGGGCAGACCCAGCAAAGCCAGCGGGUAUUUCUUCUUGUCAGAUUGUGUGCGUGAGAGCGGCGAGGCCCCAGAUUUAGAGAGCCGAACAGACAGGGUGUAUUGUGGCAAGUCUGGCUGAUCUUCCUGUCUUAGCUUCCUUUGUGCUGUUGGGGGUCGACUCCUCAGAUUUUCAAAACAAUGAAUGGGCUUUAGUUAGAGGAGUGCACUCAGGAUUGAGAGAUGUCUGCUCAGUCCCUCCAGAAAUUUACCCAAUGGAAGAGUGAGGCCAGGCCAGGCCUAACCCCGUCUCCCAUGCUGGGGGGAGUUGGGAGGGACGGGACUUGACCUCCUGCCAAUCAACAGCCAAGUCUUAUUCAGUUUCCUUGCAUUCUCAGGGCUCCUGCACCAGGAAAGAACAAUCAGAGGUAAAUGAGUGAGGAGGUGAAUGGAGGUACAAAACACCUGUUAGUCUCCUUAAGCAGCCUAAAUUUGUAUUAAAGACCCCUCCCUGCUUUGUGUAAAUGUGCUGCUGCUGCUGUUGCUGUUGUUGAUGACGACGAUUUAUGCUUUAUGUGGCUCAGGCUGUCCUAGAACUCCUGGAGAUCCUGUCUCAGCCUUCCUGGGGUUUGGGUAACCGUCUAGGUCACCACACAUCUUCAUGGUAUUGUGAAGACUUGUUGAUAAGGGAGUCUUUGCUGAGAAUGGUUAAGGACAGGUCCUGGAAGAUACUAGCCUAGAGCUAACUGUUUGGGCAGGUUUUUCAACAGGAGAAUGAUGAGAGGUGAGACAGAAGGAAGGAAGACAAUCAGCCUCAGAAUGCAGCUUCCCUGGCAACUUUUUGGGGAUCAGAGUUAGCAAUUCCCUGAAUGUCUUGCUCCCUGCUGGUACUUUCACUCAGCAAAAGAAUUGAGAGGAAAAGAAAGGGGGAGAAGUCUCUGUGCCUUUAUGCUUCCCUUGCGUCCAGAGAGGAGAAAUAGAGAUAAAAUUUUCAGAGUGAACAAGGGAUUUAAAUGUUGUUGGGUUAUUACCACUGUACUGUACAAAGUGAUACUGGACUCAUGCUGCCAAGAUUUAAGAUGAUCCAAAAUGAUGGGAAAGCCUAGGGUUUGAUUUAACUUGUCUCUAGACUAGUACUAUGUGGUACAUGGGGAUAGAUAGAUACUCUGAUAUUCCUUCAUGCUGGGUCGUAGUCACAGGCUGCGCUUUCCAGACAACUAGUCGAUCAGGAAAGGAAACAACACGGUGUACUUUGUUACUAAGCCAUGAGGUUCUGUAGGUAGGCGUAUUACUUAUAUUUCUGACCUAAUGAUAUUUUCAGCUUGAGAGGUCAUCAGAGGCUAGCGCCAUUGUAAAUGUCGUAUGUCUAUAUUAAACACUGAAGUCACAGAGCUUGGGGUGUGCAUCAGGUUCAGUGGUAUAGCACUUGCUUAGCAGGCGCUAGGUUUGAGCCCCAGGAUACCACGCACAUAUUCAAAUCACAGAAUCUAUAUUUUAAUUUCUGGUCCUGGAAGAGAUAUUUACUUUCAUCUUUCCAAUGAGAUCAAGUCAUAGAGGAUGAAGAAGAGGCAAACGCAGAGUGGUGUGUGACACAUUCAGGUAUGUACUUUUCUUCGGUGGAACUGAAUCUAGAAUUAAGCAUCGCUCUUCCAUGGAUCACGUGUCCUGGAAUGGAGGACUUGAGGUUUGUGAAAAUGGAGCCAAUUUACCUCACUUGGUACUGCUGAGAAGGCUCCAUCACAGUGCAGGAAGUUAGUCAUUGGGUUCUAUGGAAGCACUUGUUCCUUACUCUCUCCUUUUGCUGAUAUUACAUAUUUUCCUUAAACCUUAGAUUUCUAGAAGUGGGUGACAACAAAUUGUGGCUAGAAGCAGUCUGGACUGGAAGUCAAACGCCUAGGACCAGCCUGGCAUUACCAAACAAUGGCAGCUAAGAGACAGUCUGACCAGCCAUUCAGGACACCAGUCAGUUAUGAGGACGUGGCAGUGACGUUCACCCAGGACGAAUGGGAAUAUCUGACUUCUACACAGAGGAAUCUUUACCAGAAAGUGAUGUCAGAAACCUUCAAGAACCUGACAUUCGUCGGAAGCAAGAAUAAACCUCAAGAACCUACCCCGGGUCCCGAACAUAAGGAUGGUGAUGCGGACAAGCCCUCCAGUUGCACAGGGGUAUUCAAAGGUGGACCAUUCUUUUUCUGUCUGACCUGUGGCAAAUGUUUCAAAAAGAACACCUUCCUCUUUAGUCACCAGUUUCCUGUGAGGUCCCGGAGGCUGGCAGUCACCAAUUCACAAAGCCGCUACAAGUCUCAGCAUCGUGGAGAGAGACUUUUCUCGUGCAAUCUCUGUGGCAAGACUUACCGGGAUGCUUCUGGCCUGAGCCGUCACCGACGUGCUCAUUUAGGUUACAGGCCCCGUUCAUGCCCUGAGUGUGGAAAGUGCUUCCGGGAUCAGUCUGAGGUCAACCGCCACCUGAAGGUACACCAAAACAAGCCUGGGCCUAGCAACCAGAAGUGGAAGAGUAGGGUUCCUCCUACAACUAGAUCCCAAGCGGCGGCCCUCAAGUAUGUGAAAGUGAUCCAGGGACCAGUGGCCAGGGCUAAGGCACGGAACAGCGGAGCCUCGUCCCUGAAUGUCAGAUCCAACUCUGUUCCGGCGAUCCGCUCAAGAGAAAAGAUCUCUUGUCCCUAUUGUCACAUAACUUUUACCCUGAGAACCUGUCUCUUAAGCCACCUCAAGAUCCACUUCAGACGCCAACCCAACCAGCACGUCUGCUGCAGAGAGGCCCACUCAUCCAACACACUCAGGAUGCAAAAGAUCUACAAUUGCCCCGUCUGUGACAGCUCCUUUAGGGGAAAGGAGAGCUUGCUGGAUCACCUGUGCUGCCGAAGACCAAUCAGAUUCAGUAAAUGCUGGGAAAUCCUGGGUUAUUUGCUUGGCUAUCUUCAUGAACCUGUUGCGCAGGGAAAUAUUUUUAAAGUAAGGGAAUCCUCAGGAAGAAGGAUGGAAUCCAGAAAGAGAAGACGGAAAUGUGCAUACAGAGAGAAUCCUGAAAGAGAAGACCUGUCUGAGGAUGAUGAUGAGGCGGAUCAGUGGGCAAUGGAGGUUUCCACCGACGAUGACCUCAUGAGUUUGAACCCUGAGACCUCUGGGACAGAGGAAGAGGACUGAUUCCUGACUUCACACAUGCCCCUGCAGGACCCCCCUCUCCCUACCCCACAAAGUAAAUAAAAUUUUUAAAAAUAAAAGAAGUGGGUGGGAGGGUCAAA